CGAUGUAUUGAAUAAGAUUUCAUUAUUUCGGCUGUGAUUCUUUUCAUUUACACUUUGCUAACUCACUCAUGAGAGGUUAGUGGUUGCAUUCGAACGGACUAAAUUCCGCAUUGUUUUAAAUUGAGUAAAAUUGCGUCGAACGCACAUUUUAAAUUAAUUAUCAAAUCGUAACGAAAAUCGAUUUCCUUGGCAAAAGUUAAAAAUGACUGUUACCGAAGUACCAGCUGAAAAUACCAUCCCAAAGGGUAAAUACACAUUCAUCGGCAUUGAUAUUGAUACAACUGGUCGGCGUAUUUUGGACGAGAUCGUUCAUUUGGCCGCUUAUAGCCCCGAAGAAGAAUUCGAUCAAUAUGUAAUUCCGGUGAUGAAUUUAAAUCCAGCUGCGCGACAACGACAUCAAUUGCGCAUAAUUACGGUUGGUUUUUUCCGUAUGCUCAAAUGCACAUUGACAAAUAAAGUAGUCAAGUGUAAAACCGAGGUCGUUGCAUUGAAAACCUUUUUGGAAUGGUUGGAACAACGUAAGGCGGCCGAUGUUGGUUCCGAAGGUGUGGUUUUGGUUUAUUAUGAAAACAUCAAGUUUAUUCCGUACAUGCUGUUGGAAGCAUUGAAAAAAUACGAUUUGGUUGAACGUUUUUCACAAAUUGUCGUUGGAUUCGUCGAUGGUCAUUCGAUGGCUGAAGUGAAAAGCGAUGCCACAAAAAUCGAAGCAAUUCGCGAACAAACCAAAUUACAAUUGAAACAAGAAGAAUUGGAAAAGUAUUUCGAAGGAAAUGCCAUGGUACGUGCUCGUUUUGCUUACAAAUUGCUUGAGCAAAUGGGCAAAGAUGCAGGCACAAACGAAACGGAUAACAUUAAUGGUCAAAUCGUUGAUUUGAUUCAAGGAUUUGUUCAUUCGGUUAAUGUUGAUAUCAACGAGUUGACAAAUCAGAAUAAAUGCAUCGAUUUACAAUCAUCAUUUCGUCCAAUCUUCGUUAAUUUUUUCAAAACCAAUCUUUACCACCGUUACAAAGCAGUCACAUUUCGUCGUGUCUUGGCUGAAAAAGGUUUCGACCUAAAAAGCUUAGAAGACAUUUGGAAGGAAAAGAAAAAGGACGGUUUGACUGAGAUCAUUGAAAAAUUGGAUGAUAUUAAGGAAGAAAAUCGCGGUGAAUUGGUCGAUAUUUUGGAUAGCUACUUUGAUCCAGAUAAAGAAGCAAUUGUUCCACCACCGAAAUCGAAUGGAGGCCGUCGUCGAUCGUUUAGAAAGGGAUCGUCGCCACGUGAAAAUCGUCGAUCUCGUAAAGGUGAAAAUUCGGACAAAAAGCAUGCCAUUGAAAAUAACAAUAAUAACGAUGUUCAAAGUACACCUGAAUCGGCUACACGUUCGCCACGCCGUAACCGUCGUUCACGAAGACGCUUCAGUACAAAACAACUUAACCGAAGCCUAAACGAGGCAACAACAGAAACUGAUGCCACCACAAAUUCACCUGUGAUUAAGACAACCGCCUCGGAAAUUACCGUUGCAUAAAUUUUGUUUUUUUCUCUGAAUUCACAAGGUCACGCUAUCGGUUGAGUAAAUAAUUGAACAUUUGCUUUUCCGUCAUUUUUAAAUUAAAUUGAGACAUUAUAAUGAAUGCACAAAAUCAAAAUGUAGUCAAAUUUAAGCUGAACAACGAUCUAAUCGUUCUCGGAAGCUUAGUUUUUUUUUAACUGAUUUUCAAUGAACUACAGUUCAAACAUAAAUUUACACAACAAAAUUGAAAUGAAAAAUGAAACAUUUUUCUUAAAACAUACACAACAUCUUAACAUAUAUAAAUUCUUUUAAAAAAAAAGAACAAGAAAAUUAUUUACAAUCGAUUUACAUUUGUUUUACACACAAACAUUU